AUGUCGUAUGAAAAAGUAACUGGUCCGCGCUUGUCUGUGGGAGUCCUCACUGUCAGCGACACAUGUUCCAAGGAUGUUUUACUCGAUCAAAGUGGCCCAGUUGCUGAAAGUUUACUCCAAGAGGCAGGGUUUGACGUCCCGUUAAAAGAUUGUGUCCCGGAUGACCCUCAUAUUAUUCGUUGCGUAAUUAUGAAAUGGGUCGCUUCUCGUCAAGUAGAAGCUGUACUUACAUUAGGGGGUACAGGUCUGUCUAGAAGGGAUGUUACUUCGGAUAUAAUCCUUGAGUUAGUUUCCCAAAAUCAACGUCUACCUGGUAUUGAGCACUCUCUUUAUUCUAUUUCACUUCAAAAUACUCCGAUGGGGGCUUUAUCGCGAUUUGUAGCUGGAGUAUGUAAUGAAACUCUACUAAUAACCUUACCAGGUAGUACACGCGCAAUUUCUCAGUGUAUCCCAGUUAUUCUUCCAGUAAUGAAACAUGCUAUCCAUCAAAUCAAAGGUUGGGAUCAUCUUGCAAAAUUAGAACAUCCCAUUCAGUAUAAUCUGGGUAAAAGUAUUUUGGAACGUGAACAUUCUUUAAUUGCAUGCAACGUCGUUAGUCGUUGUAGAAGUUCUAGAUAUCCAAUGAUAUCAGUUGAUGAAGCACUUGAGAAAAUAUUCGCCGUGUGCAGUUUUGAAAUGGGGAUUGAAGCAGUAUUUCAUAAAAAUGCUUUAGGUCGCGUUCUUGGUCGAAGCUUAAAGUCACGUCAGUGCAUUCCUCCGUUUGAUGCAAGCAUAAUGGACGGAUAUGCUGUUCGAUUUAUGGAUGGUGCUAGUCAACUAAAAGUUGUUGGGGCGUUAUUUGGUGGGGAUCACAACUGUGCAGGUAAAGAGUUAGUAGUUACUCCAGGCACAUGUGUUCGUGUUAGUACUGGCGGCCCCAUUCCCUCUGGAGCUGAUUGCGUUGUUCCAGUAGAGAACACGAAGCUUAUCUCUAAACGAAAAGGUGGACCUGAGGAUCUUUAUUUAGAAGAGGAAGAUACAAUCGAAGUGACUAUUCCACCUGGAAGUAUUGGGCAGUUCAUUCGUUCAGCUGGUGUCGAUUUAGACAAGAACUUUGUUUUCAGGCGAGGACUACGCCUUGGUUCGACGGAAUUAGGGUUAAUUUCCGGUGCAGGUUUGCUAACACCUUGGUCAUCUGAUCAUAUAGAUUAUGUCGAGACAAGUGAAGAUCCAAUUCCGAACGCGGUGUUAGAUCGUCUUUUACAAGGUGGAUACCUACCUUGUCUAGAGCAAUGUCGUAUUGGUGUUUUAUCGACUGGAAAUGAGGUUUUAGAUUGUGUUGUUUCUGAAGCAAAGCCCUUGGUGAGAGACAGUAACCGCCCUGUUUUAAUAAACCUACUGCGCAAACAUAAUUAUUUUAAUGUUGUAGAUUGUGGGAUUUUAACCGACGAUCGAAAAUCCUUAAAAAUGGGCUUAUCCAGAGCUUUAACCUUGUGCGAUAUUUUGAUCACAACAGGCGGCGUAAGUAUGGGCGAACGUGAUAUGGUUAGUCAAAUACUAGUCGAAAAUUUUGAUGCAACUCUCCACUUCGCUCGAGUGUUUAUGAAACCUGGAAAACCAACAACAUUCUUAUCUAUACCUCGUCGUGAUAAUUCAGCCAUCACCGCUUCUACCACCACUAACCCAAAACCUGUGUUAGCAUUUUGCCUACCAGGUAAUCCUGUGUCAUGUUAUGUAACAGCUCAUCUAUUUGUUUUGCCCUUAUUAAGGAAGUUGGACUUAAGACCUCCUAAAGAAUGCUGCUUUCCAAGUAUUCGUGUACGAUUGUUACAUUCUGUUAAACUGAGUGAUCGUCCAGAUUACAGACGUGCGAGAUUGAUUUGGAAAGAGAAUUCAGAAUAUAACCAACCUUCCGUACCUUGUGCAUCUUGUGAUAUGAUGGAUAAUCAAAUGAGUUCUUGCCUAGCUAGUUGUCUCAAUUCUAAUUUGUUACUGGUACUACCUCCCAUUGUUAACGACGGACCACAGGAAAUUCCUAUUGGUUCUGUUGUUAAUGCUAUAGUUAUUGAUUCGAUAAUUUGAAGUUGAACACUUCACACUGAAUGGACUUAUCAUUUAAGUAAAUUAUAAUCUGACUAUUGUUUACGUUCUUGAUUUAGAAUAAAAUAUUUAUUUUUUGAGCA